AUGAACCUCUUAAACGAUGCCUUCCCGUUUGUCGCCUCAGGAUAUCAGCAAAAUGUUGUUUAUGACAACGCCCUUGACACCUUCCCUAAUGUCUCCCACGUUGACUACAACAGUGAUUAUGAUAAGUACACUAGGCUUGUACGGGAAGUCCAAACCCCAUUGUAUCCUGGCAGUAAGCAUACUCUCUUGGGUACUGUCAUGGAGCAAAUGACGAUCAAAAACAAGCAGGGAAAGACUAAUGCAUGUUUUGAUGAGGAUAUUGCACUUAUAAAGAAAGUGCUUCCCAAAUGUAAUAGUUGUCCGGAAAAGUUCGACCAAGUAAAAAGGAUGUUGGCUAACCUCGGUCUUGAUCACCAGAAAAUAGACGCUUGCGUCAAUAACUGCAUCUUGUACUACAAAGACAACAAGGAUGAAGUUGAGUGCCCACACUUCUACGAGCCAAGGUAUGAAGCUUCCACUUCAUCUAAGCAGAAAAAGCCCAUUCCUAGGAAGGUUCUUCAUUACUUCCCGUUGGGUCCUCGUCUGCAGCGUUUGUACAUGUCUUCACAUACGACCAAGCAUAUGAGAUGGCACCAGGUAAGGCACCAGGGAGAGCAGAGGAUAGAUCCGGAUAAUCUCACACACCCUGCAAACGGGGAGGCUUGGCAGCACUUUGACCGUUCUUUUCCCAAAUUUGCUGGAGACUGUCGAAAUGUCAGACUCGGACUUGCAACAGACGAAUUCAAUCCUAUUGGAAACAUGAAUUUGUCUUACAGCAUUUGGCCUGUGAUAGUAUUUCCGUACAAUUUACCUCCCAACAUGUGUAUGAGGAAGGAGUACAAUUUUCUUACGCUUAUGGUUCCAGGGCCGUGUUCUCUAGGAAAAUGCUUAGAUGUGUACAUGAGACCAUUAAUUGAUGAGCUGCAAGAGUUAUGGGAAAAUAGACUCCCUACUUUUGACAGGCAUGGUCAAACUUCAUUCAUGAUGAAAGCAGCUGUUAUUUUUACCAUCAGUGAUUUUCCAGCUUAUGGGAUGUUGUUUGGCCAACAAACUAAAAGGUACAAGGCUUGCCCGGUAUGCAUAGAUGACGUCAAUUCUACAUGGCACGCCAACAAAUUUUGUUUCUUGGGAUCUCGUAGACAUCUUGACGAGGAUCACGAGUGGCGGUGGGAUACUGAGGCAUUUGAUGGGACUGAGGAGCAUAAUCUGGAACCCCGAGGGAGGUCUGGUGAGUGGAUUUUGGAGAGGCUUAACCAGCACUGGUUCGGAUAUUUGAGCACCAGUAUAGAAGCAAUCGACUUGAAUCCUCCCACGCCUGAUGAGUUUAAGUAUUGGACGCACAAAAGUGUAUUCUUUGGAUUGCCUUACUGGUCGACCUUGAAAAUCAGACACAACUUGGACGUCAUGCACAUAGAGAAGAAUGUUUGUGACAGUGUUCUUGGAACAAUUAUGAAUCUCAAACAUAAGAACAAGGACACCCCCAAAGCCUGUGUUGAUCUUAAGAAAAUGGGAAUAUGCCCCCAGCUAUGGCUAGUACAGAACAAAAGAACAAAAAAAGCCAUAAUGCCGAAAGCAAGCUACACAGUCCAUCCUCAAAAGAAGGCGAAAGUGUUUCAGUGGUUUGGAAACGUUAAGUAUCCUCACGGGUAUAGUGAUGUGGUUGACACGUUAGUGGCUUUGUCAAAGUUCUUUCAGAGGAUAUGCGCUAAAGAGCUUAAAAAGUCUGAUGUUCGGUCAUUGCAAGAAGACAUUGUGUACAUCAUGUGCAAGCUGGAGAAGAUCUUUCCCCCGACUUUCUAUAACAUCAUAAUUCACCUCAUGAUCCACCUUCUCGAACAAGUGUUGCUUACUGGUCCGGUACAAUAUACUUGGUGCUAUCCAAAUGAGAGCCAACUAAGGGAUUUCAAGAAGAAGAACAAAAACAAACGUUUCCCUGAAGGGUCGAUCACAGCAGCAUACAUUCAGGCUGAGUGCGUAACUUACUGCAGCGCAUAUCUUAAUGAUGAAGACACAGUAGGGGAAUCAUCUGAAGCGGGUAGUAGCCAACAAUUCAAUCUAUCAGUUGUUUCCAACGAUGUUCAACCGUAUGGCAGGCUAAGUAAUUCUAAAAGAUUAAGUAAUGCUGAGAUCAAAGAGGCUCAUUGGUGUGUCCUUCAACACUGCGAAGAAGCCGAGCUGUACUUGAAGUCCUAUUGA